AUGAUUAGUAGGACUGCGUUCAGAUUAGGCACUAUCUCUGCUGCUUCCUGGACUUCACGGAGACCCAUAUGUUUCGACUUAAGUGAUACACAAAAAGAAAUCCGAGCCACUGCACUCAAGUUCGCGACGGAAGAGAUUGUUCCUCAGGCAAGAAGAUUUGACGAAACUGGAGAAUUUCCAUGGGAUAUUGUGAAGAAAGCUCACUUUCUUGGCCUGAUGAAUCCACAAAUUCCGGAGCAAUACGGAGGGCCUGGAAUGUCGACCUUAGACACAGCAUUGGUUGUAGAAGCUUUAGCAUAUGGCUGCACCGGUGUUCAAUUGGCUAUCAUGGGACCAUCGCUCGCUGUCGCUCCUGUGUAUAUAGCUGGAAAUGAUGAGCAAAAGAGAAGAUACCUCGGGUGUCUAGCAGCAGAACCAUUGAUUGCAUCGUACUGCGUAACGGAACCCGGUGCGGGCUCAGAUGUUAGCGGUGUAAAAACGAAGGCAGAGAAAAUGGGUGACGAAUAUAUUCUGAAUGGUGAAAAAGCGUGGAUAACUGGAGGAGGUCACGCGGAAUGGUUCUUCGUACUUGCUCGUUCUGAUCCCAAUCCUUCAACGCCUACAGGGAAAGCAUUUACAGGAUUCAUAGUGGAUGGAGACACCCCCGGAAUUAUCAGAGGAAAGAAGAUACUUACUUAG